AUGGCUAAAACAACAGCAACUGGGCUUAUCAUCCUUUUCUGCCUUCAAUUCUUGGUCCGUCUCUUUCCAUGCCAUGGCACUGAUCAUUGCAGCAGGGUGAAAGGGAAGGAUGGAAAUGAUGAGAUCAAAGGGAUGUUUGUAUUUGGAAGCUCUUUGGUUGACAAUGGCAACAACAACUACCUUCGAAACUCAACUGCUAAGGCUGAUUUCUUACCAUAUGGGAUAGACUUUCCCUAUGGACCAUCUGGCAGGUUUACAAAUGGGAAAAAUGUCAUUGACCUUCUUGGUGAAAAGCUUAAGCUUCCUUCUCUUAUUCCAACCUUUUCUGACCCUUCAACCAAGGGAAGAAAAGUUGUUCAUGGUGUCAACUUUGCCUCUGGUGCCUCUGGUAUUUUAGAUGAUACUGGUUUUCUUGCGGUUCAAGUUAUCAGUCUAAAUCAACAAAUAAGGAACUUUGAGAAGAUUACUUUGCCAGAACUAGAAAAACAGUUGGGUUGCGGAAGCAAGGAAUUACUCCAAAACUACUUGUUUGUUGUGGGGGCCGGAGGGAACGACUAUUCAUUCAACUACUUCCUCAGAAAACCUGACAACAAUGUCAGCCUUCAAGCCUUUACUGCCAUUCUCACCAAGUUACUUUCCCAGCAAAUCCAGAAGUUGUACAAUUUAGGAGGGAGGAAAUUUGUGUUGAUGUCGGUAAAUCCACUGGGAUGUGCUCCUAUGGUGAACGCAGUGCGUAAGGGCAGGUGCAUUAAUGCUCUGAACAAGGCAGCUACUCUCUUCAAUGAUGGCUUGAAGUCGUUCAUAGAUGUGGCCAAAGCAGACAUGCCAAAUUCUAAUCUUGUUUUUGUCAACUCAUACAAGAUUAUAACCGAUAUCAUCAGAAACCCUGCCUCCAAAGGUUUCAAAGAUGCUAAAAAUGCAUGUUGUGAGUUGGUGCCAUCGAUCCAAUUAGGAGGCAGUGGAAUUUUAUGCAAGAAAGGAGGGAAGACAUGUGGAGACAGGAGUGGUCAUGUGUUCUUCGAUGGACUGCAUCCAACAGAAGCAGUGAAUACUCAAAUAGCAACCAAGGCAUUUAGCUCUUAUCUUCAAACUGAAGUUUAUCCCAUUAAUGUCAAUCAACUUGCCAAGCUUUAGAUUUCUAGGCUUCCAAUGUAUAUUGGUUUGAUUUCAAUUACGACAUACGAAUUAUUGCAGCAGUGAGGGAUCUUAUAUAUUAUCGCUCAACAUUAAUCAGAGACUCAUAUAAAUAGUUAAGUUG